UUCGGCGUUUUCAUAGCGCGUAGUAUCGACGUUGGCGUUUGACACCUGUAUCUCUGAGUUUUUGAUAGGAAGAAGAAAAUACGAGUUCUUAAAUUAAUGAUUCUCGAUCAAUUCGAAGAUUUUAUUCAUCUGAAGUGAUAUGUGAAAGUUGUCGGACUAUAUAUUAAUCAUUUUUCAACGUGCUAACAAUAUUAGGAAAAAAUGACAUCUUCCCAAACGACGGAGUUAACCGAGGAAUUGGUUAAAGAUUAUGCGAAUUAUGCAAAAGUGGAUUGGAAUAAUCAGGUGAAAAAUGUUCGCGAUGUCAUAGAGGAUACAUUGAUACGAUUAGAGGAAUUCCAAUCGAUUGUUGCAAUGGUGGAAAAUAGCAGUGCUGAAUGCAUGCAGCAACAUCUUCCAAAGUUACAGCAAAUGAAGGAUGGUAUGGCAACUCUUCGCAAUAGGAUAGAUGCACUGGAGCAUAUUGUUGCAAUGGCAAACAUGAAUUUAAGUACAUUGGAAGCUGCUGUAGACAAGGCAGAAACUGAUCUAGGUGUAUCAGAUAGAUUAUUUGGGAUAUUGAAUCCUCUAUCAUUUUUUAAGAAAACUCAUGAACCAGUUGCGUCAAAUACAACAUCCGUAUAUAAAUCACCCGUAAUUUAUAAAUCUGAUGAUUACUUUCAAAGAGAAUAAAAAAACAUGUACAUAAAA